AUGUCUUCCAAAGAACCACAAUACGGACCCCUAUCAGAAGAUGAGGCUUUAUACCUCUGGAUGCAAAAUCGAUGCUCCGUAUUCUGGCCCGAAUUACUUCCACCAAAGCUGUACCAACCCCCUUUUCCGAGUCUGAGGCCAGCACCACCCAAACAGUCUACAGUGGUGCAAAACAGCUACCUGUUGAGCUUACCGCUGGAAUGCCUCCAACAAAUUAUUCUACUUCUAGAUAUUGAGUCAGUGUUCCAAUUUAGACGGACGGCUAUCGAAUGUCAACAGAAGGUAGAGAGUUUGUUCGAGUUCCGGCGGAUGGCCAAGAACCAUGCGCACGACCUUCUGGACGCUGUAUUCAGACAUAAGGUUGCCGCGCAUAUUAACCUGUCCGAAUUUUACUAUCGAACAUGGAAAAGGGUCUGUCUGCCCUGCGCUAAUGCGAAAGGCCGUUCUGGUUACCAAACACAUUCGACUGAUGAAACUCAGUACACGUAUCACAUCUUCACUUGGAUACGUCUUGGAAUUGAAGAAAAAAUACUAUUAGGUUCCAAUCCCGAUCCGCGAAAGUUUCGUUUCCCCUUUGGAAACAAUACGGAAUUACACGAUCAAAUUCUCAUCAACGUUCCACCUCUGGACCCGAAAACCGGUCGCUUCGAGUGUGGGGUAUGUUGCGACUUGUGUCUGAUGGACUGGGGUGUGCCCGAGCGUGUCUACGAUAGAGAGGGGUUUUUAGAACACUUCCGACAAUGUGAAGACGCUCAGAGGGAGUGGAGACAAGAGUUGAGCCAGAGAACAACGACCUUGGAGGAAGAAAAACCAUAG